AUCAUGUGACAUUUUAAUAAGCCUUUGACCUGGAAAAGGAAGAGGCUGCCUUUAACUUUUAACGUGGAGUUGACGUGGAGCUACGCGCAGCAAAACAGUAAACCAGUAUUUUAUUUCAGCCUUGAUCUGUAAUUUAAAACUAUUAUUCACUGUAUUAAAAAAAAAAUGUUUUGCAGCAGGAAGUGUUUCCAUAAUCAAUGGAAUGCAGCUUAGUCACACAGUUCACGAAUCCAGCUAGGUCUGAGAGCAACGUACCGCCGUUACCGUUUGUACAAUAAAACACAUUAACAAAAAUAUUAUCUUCAUAUAAAUAAAUUACGUUUUUAUUAAUGUGUACAAAUUGCAAAAUACUACACUAAUAGAACUGUUUUUAAAGGUAAAAGCCUACAGUCUGAGUAUUCUGGCGUUCAACUUUAUUUUGUUUCAUUUUAUACAAAACAAAAGUUUUUUUUUUAUUAUUAUUUUCACAAUGUCUCCGAUGGGUAUCCGACUUUCCCCUCUCGGAGUGAUAAUAUUUUGUUUGUUGGGACUUGGUGUGAUAUACCAUCUAUACUCCGGGGUGAUAGCUAAUCGAAUAGCCUCAUUUCGGCAAGCGAAGACGGUGGAUCUGCGGGAGCUACUGGCACUGUCUGUGGAAGCUGCAGUUCUGGGAGGACAAGAAGUGAAAAGAAUUCGAGAAGAAAAUGCUCUGCAUGAGAAAUCUAAAGGAAAGACUAGAGAAGGAGCGAAGGAAAUGCUUACUACGGGAGACUUAUUUUCACACAGGAAGAUGUUUAAUCUGAUUAGAAACACUUUCCCCAAUUUACAGGUCAACUCGGAAGAACACGAUGAUGCUUCUGUUCAUGAAACUAGUGUGUGGAACCAUGUGAUCCCUGAAGACAUAAGAAAUACGAUCAGUGAGUCAAGGGAAGUGCCGACAGAAAGCAUCACUGUGUGGAUCGACCCACUGGAUGCCACUCAAGAGUAUACAGAGGACCUCCGUCAGUAUGUUACUACUAUGGUGUGUGUUGCUGUAGACGGUGUACCGGUGAUUGGAGUUAUCCACAAACCUUUCUCGGCCUACACAGCUUGGGCAUUGGUGGAUGGUGGUUCAAACAUAAAGGCUCGUACAUCCUAUAAUGAAAAAUCGCCACAAAUAAUUGUUUCCCGCUCUCAUGCUGGGAAGGUAAAGGCCUUUGCUCAGAAAGCAUUUGGAAAUGACACAGUCAUCAUUCCAGCUGGUGGAGCAGGGUACAAGGUCCUUUCUCUUCUGGAUAUACCUGAUGAGAAGCAUGAAAAAGCAGAUGUUUACAUCCAUGUGACUUAUAUCAAGAAGUGGGAUAUUUGUGCCGGUAAUGCCCUGCUUAAAGCACUGGGAGGUCACAUGACAACUCUCAAAGGCGAGGAAAUUGACUAUGCUGGAUCUGAAGCAAGCGAGGGAGGACUUGUUGCUAGCAUAAACAUGAACCAUAAAGCAUUAGUUGAUAAAUUGCCAAACAUGUAACAGGUAAAACACAGUUAGUCUCCAUAUUUCAUAUUCAAAUUGAAAAGUUUGUUAAAUAAGCUUCAGGAGUCUUUAUAUUGGGUUUUCAGUCUGGGUUUGAAGGAUGAUAAAGAUAUGUUUUACAAUGUUAGGUUCAAUUAUAUCAGAUAUGUUCACAAACUGCAUAAAUUGGACAUAGGGUAAAUAUUGGAGCACAUGUUCCUACCGCUAAUGUUAAUUGUGUGUGGGGGUGGAGAGGAGAGGAGAGGGAGUGUUGAGUGGUUAUUUAAGCACCUCAACAUUGGGAGGUACAUUUUCAAGCCGUGUACAUUCAAAUCAUGUAGUGGGAGUUUGAAUAUACUGGUAGGUUUUAUAUUUGGUGGGGGGAAGGCCUGUUUUGCUGCACAAACAGUGAAGUUGACUUUUAAAGACUUAACUGGAUUGCACAAUGUAAACUGUUCAUUGUAACCUCCAGUCUUCAACUAAGCGGCCAUUCUGAAUUAUUCAGUAUGUUUGCUGUGUGUCUUUGGCUGGGAACACUAAUCAGGCUUUUUGGACUGCCCAUAGUGUAACAGACACCUUAGCAAAGGUGGAUGUGUAUGUGUGUGUUGCUAACUUAUUGGAUAAUGUGGUGAUCAAUUGUAACAAAGAACUGCACUGCCUAAUUUUCUCUUUCAAAACACAAACGACAGAACUGCAGUUUGCUUUUGAAGGACUUUUCAUCAGCUUGUUUUUUUUUUUUUUUAAUUAUUUAUUUUGUUCAUGUUCACCCAUAACUUCAUUCCAUGAAAAUGGUUUGUUUGUUACACUAUUAGAUCAUCAAUACAAAUAAUGGCAAGGCCAAUACUUUGUGGGAAUGAGUCCAUCCUAAUACACAGAAGCUUGUGCUUGCCAGGAGUCUAAAACUGAUGACAUUUACAUUUUGGAUGGAAUGGCUGUCUGUAGCAAGUUGGCGUAUAUAUAUGGUGAAUGCAAGAUAUUUAAUCCACAGUACACUUGAUGUAAAUGUAUUAUGGCUUUGAGUUAUAAAACAUUUGUAUAGACUUUUUCUCUUUUUGGAUGCCAGUAGAGUACUUCAUAUAGUUAAAAUACAUGGUGUAAAGGGUUCUGCAGUGUGUGUAUAUUAUAUAUAUAUAUAUAUAUAUAUAAUUAGUGAUUUCACACUGAUAGACAGGUUUGGGGGAGUUCAGUUAUAGGUAUUAAUUUAUUUGCAUUUAACAGGUACUGUAGUUAGUUCUAAUGUAUUUUCAGAAUUCUAUAGGGAGAUGAAUAGUGAAUAAAUAUACCUUUUUAUUUGUAAAGUCUAAUUGUACAUUUGACUUGAAUCGUAAAUGUCUUGGUGACAUUGCAUAUUCACUUUGAUUGCUGUAGUUAGUGUACGUAUUUUUAAAUGGGCUAUACUUUGAAAAGUUAAUUUGCUAUUGUUUUCUGUUGUGUUAAAUAUGCAAUUGUGUAGCCUGUUUCAGCUUUCUUCUGCUCACCAUAGUUGCAGUGUGUUAAAUGACAGUAAGUAGGUAGGUUUAAUGUAGUAAACUCAAUAUAGUACUGUACAUCAACAACUGACUUCACUGGUUCUAAAAUAAAACCUAUAAUUGCAUGUUUACUGAUGUCAACAGUUGAUAUUGCAUUCAAAAUACAUAUUUUACAAUUAAAGUUGAGUAGUGUUAAAUAUAUUUUCAUAAACUACAAAACUUAAUUUCUUUGUAUCUGAGAAUCUGGUUUGUAUUGUUUUAUUGAUCUUCACAUUUUAUUUGCAUUUAAAGAGUGAAAAAUGUUAUUUCAGUUCAUCAACAGUUAUUUGUAGCUAAAUAUAAAUGCAGUUUAAUAUAACUUCCAACUCUGUUAAGAACCGUUUGAUUUUCUUGCGUCAGUCUGAAUUUACUGCAGAUACUGAAAAACUAUUUGAAGUACAGGUUUGUGGAUUGAAUUAAAAACUUGGACUUGAGGCAAUACUAUGAUAUUUGUAGAAUAUUUCAAAUCACAUACAAUUAAAACAGAUAUUUUAAUAAAUGAAUAAUUCUGUUAAAAUGAUACACUGUAUUUUAUUUAUGUAUUAAAUAUUGUUGCAUUGCUGUGCCAAAGUGGAAUUGAUGGGGACAAUAAAAGGAAUACUAUGAUUAA